AUGUCAAAUAAAGAAAGUAUCGAAAGUUUAGUUUUGUGUGCUGACUAUGUGUUUGGAAAUGAGAAUUGGUCACAUGAGAUCAAAUCUCAAACUAUAGAUAAUAAAUCAAAGAAGUGUGCUACUGAAUGCUUUACGGUAGUUAGAAUUUCUUUACGAGAUGGAAGAUUUCAUGAAGGGAUUGGCUGCUACGAAGAUGUUGAUAAUGAAGACAAAAAUAGUUUUGCAGAAAUUAGAAAGAAAUCAUUAACUGAUGGAAUUUUCAACGCUUUGUUCUAUUUUAAAGAGAUAAGAGAUUAUUUAGAGAGAAAAAAUAAUGAAAGAAUGAUUCGUUUAAGUAAACAAGAGGAAAAACAAAGACAAUGGAAAUUAAAAAGAGGAGCUGAACAGAAAACAGAAGCAGGAGAUGAGGAUAUGAAGACACGAGGUGGAGGAGAAGAGGAUAUGAAGUCACGAGGUGAAGAAGAAUCCAUAGAAAGCGAAGAAAUAAAUGUGACAAUUAAGAAAAUGUGCCGUCCAAGAAAAUUGAGAAAAUAA